AUGGCAUCUGACUUGUCAAAUGCUGCGCGGUUGGCUGGGAGCCUCUCCCAGAGCGUCUCCGGCGCCAUGGACUCGCCGUCCAGCUCCCUCACCAUGAGCUACACGACCGUUGAAGCUGCUCACGCCUCUACCGGCUGGCUCGGGCUCAUCGGGUGGCUUCUCUUGUGCAUAAUCAACUUCAUCACCACCGUCCUGUACUGGGCCAUCCGCACAGUGACCAUUACCUUCCCAAGUGUCCUGUACUCUCUCUUUUCCGCGAGCUGGACAGUGACCAUGAAUGCUACUACGCUCAUGUUCAUCAUUGCGGCCAUCGUGUCGGCGGUCAGUUGGGUGGUCAGGUAUCGCAUCUUGAAUAUGUAUUCGAGAUUGCCCCCUGAACCUCAACGGAAGGAGCCUGAAAUCGACUUGUUCCCGGAUACCCACGAAGAUGGGAUCAAGUCCGGCUUGGCCAACUACCUGGACGAGUUCCUGAGCGCCAUCAAGAUCUUCGGCUACCUCGAACGAUCCGUGUUUCACGAGCUCACCCGAAGCAUGCAGACCAGGAAGCUCAUUGCUGGAGAAACAAUUAAUCUAGAAGAAGAAAAAGGCUUCUGUAUUGUUGUUGAUGGCUUGGUUGAGAUUUUCGUCAAGUCUGGUAGAAAUCCUAGGGCGCCCGUCAGGAGCGGGUCUCAGACCGACCUCUUUGAUUCCUCCGACGAUGAAGACACUCUGCCUGGUCAGCAAAGGUAUCAGCUCUUGACUGAAGUCCGCAAUGGAGCACCCAUGUCGUCUCUCUUUUCCAUCAUGUCGUUGUUCACAGAAGACGUGAGGCUAAAAACACAUGAUGAGGAGACCACUCUUCGUCCGACUGGAAGUCGACAUCAUGAGCGAAGUGAUACCCUGAAACUGAAAGAGUCUGCUGGAAAGCCUUCUCAAGCUCCCACAUCAAUGCCAAGCACACCGCAUCUGGAUCCGAAUGUGGAGCAUGUCAGGUACGGUGAUGGCAUUCUGUCGAAUGGCGCAGCUGCCUCAAAGAUCCCGCCCAUAUCGUUGGAGCCUGCUGUUACCUUUGAGCCCAGCAAGGAGAGACCGGAGAGACCAGGGCUUCCAAAUCGGCUGCUGUCAAGCUCGGCACACCCUGACAUCAUCGCUCGGGCAACAGUUGAUACCACUAUUGCAAUCAUACCUGCAAGUGCAUUCAGAAGGCUCAUCAAGAUAUACCCCAAAGCCACGGCACACAUCGUUCAUGUGAUCCUUUCUCGGUUUCAAAGGGUGACGCUGGCACAAGCGUUCAACUACCUUGGUCUGACAGCUGAGGUUCUACAAACUGAAAAGGACAUGGUUAAGUUUACUAUGUGCCAGCUUCCCAAUAUUCUCCGCGGAGACGCCCUCAGCAGACUGAAGGAAAAGUUUAACCGCGAGCGGGAACGCAUUGGUGAAGACCAAGAGACCAAAGGGAUUGCCCUUCAUAAUUCAGCAGUUAACAGACGCCGAAGGUCGAGCACAGCUCUACGAAAAGAGAUAGCCAUUCAAGCUAUUGCUAAGAAUCGAUCCGUGUCCUCUACUAUAAACACUGCUGCAUCUGCGCGCGAUCCACGUUCAGCCCGUGGUCUCAACCCUGGGGAUCUCCUGGCAGGUGCACAGCUCACUCGGGCAUUGAAUAGAGUUCCGGUCCCAGAAACUCCUGUCCGGUCUCCAACAGAAACUGGUGCAGACGGAAGCCUAUUCAGUCCCCUGACCCAAAAGACUUUUAACCCAUUUGAUUCUGGACGUCAUGCCCGCAUCUCGACGGAUCGGGAUUCGGUUGAUGAGGAUAACCUCUUUAGAGCCUCUAUUCUCGAAUGUGUCUUCAAAUCUCUUGGCCUAGAUGCGGGCGGAACCUCGUCCAGAGAUGUCGACUCGAUGGAAGGAUCCCCGAGGUUGGUGGGAUCUCCUAGGCUGAUUUCUACAGACCAGCGGCGAGCAAAGACCAUGUACACAAACAACGCAUUUGGCUUCAUUGGACCAUAUGAAGGGUCAAUUGAUGGAGAGACUGAGUCAUUAACCUCGAACGGGCUGGCUGGUCAUACUUCACCAACAGCACAUUCUUUGGCUCACGACAUGAUGGAUGAAGUUGAAAUCGUCUUCUUCCCCAAAGGAUCGGUGCUAGUAGAGCAGGGCGAGCGGAGCCCCGGUUUGUACUAUGUCGUGGACGGGUUUCUAGACAUUGGCACCACUGUAACCGAUGGUGCGCAAAACAUCUUUCAGAAAUCGGGCUCAGCUUCUUUUAGCGCAGAUUCGCUUCAUUCGGAUGAACGAUUUCAAGGUUCGUCACCCAAAGAUUCAGUCCAUGGCACACCGUACUCUUCACAUCGGGACCAGGGUCAUCGCCGAAGUGUUGCCCUCAUUAAGCCGGGAGGCUUGGCGGGAUAUAUCGGCAGCGUCUCUUCUUACCGAUCCUUCAUCGAUGUAGUGGCCAAGACAGAUGUCUACGUUGGAUUUCUUCCUCGAGCUUCUCUUGAAAGAAUAGUCGACAGAUAUCCCAUCAUCCUCCUGACAAUGGCCAAGAGGCUGACUCACAUUUUGCCUCGACUCAUCCUGCACAUUGACUUUGCCCUUGAGUGGGUUCAGGUUAAUGCUGGCCAAGUGAUAUUCCAUGACAGCGAUGAAAGCGAUGCCAUAUACAUUGUCCUCAACGGGCGUCUUCGCCUUGUGGAAGAUAGGCAAGACGGUGGAGUAUCAGCGCGAGCCGAAUUUGGACAGGGCGAGAGUAUUGGAGAGCUUGAGGUGCUGACCGAAACUGCGCGCUCUGGAACCUUGCACGCCAUUCGGGAUACCGAGCUCGUCAAAUUCCCUCGCACUCUCUUCAACAGUCUUGCCCAGGAGCAUCCCAACAUUACCAUUAAGAUCUCCAAAAUCAUCGCUUCUAGAAUGAGGGCUGCCGUGGAUGACUCUACCAAAAUGUCUGCAAAGGAAGCGGGCUCGGGUGCUGUAACCAAUCAGCGAAAAUCAACCUUGAACCUGCGGACUGUGGCUAUUCUGCCAGUUACUUCUGGUGUUCCCGUCGUGGAAUUUGGGCACCGUCUUAUGAAUGCGCUCGCCCAAGUAGGGCCCCAGAACGGCGCGACCUCGUUGAACCAGUCUGGGAUCCUGAACCAUCUGGGGAAGCAUGCGUUUAACAAGAUGGGCAAACUGAAGUUGUCGCAAUAUCUCGCUGAUUUGGAAGAGAAGUACGGAUUGGUGGUGUAUGUGGCAGAUACCAAUGUCAAUUCGCCAUGGACACAGACUUGCAUCACUCAAGCUGACAGCAUUCUGCUUGUCGGACUGGCUGAAGGCUCUCCAGCUAUUGGAGAGUACGAGCGCUUUAUGCUAGGGAUGAAGUCAACAGCGCGAAAGACUCUGGUACUGCUCCACGCUGAACGAUUCUCGCGGCCGGGCCUCACACGGUCGUGGCUGCGAAAUCGUAUGUGGAUCAAUGGUGGUCACUAUCAUAUACAAAUGGCGUUUAGAACAGACGCAAUGCCUACCCAUCCUCCCUCGAAAAAACUGGGACAAGCCCUCAAGGAAAGGGUGCAAGUGUUGCAAGCUGAGAUACAAAAGUACACUUCGCGGAAUGUGCAUCAUCAUCAGUAUUACUCGCCUGAUACACCAUUCAAGGGGGAUUUCCAUCGCCUUGCACGCCGACUUUGCGGAAAGUCUAUUGGACUGGUCCUAGGCGGCGGCGGUGCACGAGGAAUCAGCCAGAUUGGAAUCAUCAGAGCAAUGGAAGAGGCUGGCAUUCCGGUUGAUAUUGUCGGUGGCACAUCGAUUGGUGCUUUCGUCGGCGCACUAUACGCCCGUCACGCAGACGUUGUGCCCAUGUUUGGUUUUGCAAAGAAGUUUGCGGGUCGCAUGGCAAGUCUCUGGCGAUUCGCUCUCGAUCUGACGUAUCCGUCCGCCUCUUACACGACAGGGCACGAGUUCAACCGAGGCAUUUUCAAGACUUUCGGGAACACGCAAAUCGAAGACUUUUGGCUAGAAUACUAUUGUAACACUACCAACAUCAGCAAGAGCCGGGCCGAGUUUCACACGAGCGGAUAUGCGUGGCGAUACAUUCGAGCUUCGAUGUCGCUUGCCGGCCUGCUGCCUCCGUUGUGUGACGAAGGUAGUAUGCUGCUGGACGGCGGUUACGUGGACAACUUGACGGUAUCACACAUGAAAGACUUGGGGGUAGACAUCAUCUUUGCGAUCGAUGUUGGAGCGCUGGAUGAUGACACGCCGCAGACAUAUGGAGACUCAUUGUCAGGCAUGUGGGCAUUCUUCAAUCGGUGGAACCCGUUCUCGUCUCACCCCAAUCCACCAACACUGGCAGAGAUUCAAGGCAGGCUCGCGUACGUCUCGAGUGUCGAUGCUUUGGAGCGGGCAAAGACCAUGCCAGGAUGCACCUACAUGCGGCCCCCUAUUGAUGGCUACGGAACACUUGACUUUGGCAAGUUUGAUGAGAUUUACAAGAUGGGCUACGAAUUUGGGCGCGAGUUCUUCCAAAAGCUCAAGGACGAGAACAAGCUGCCGCUUACGGAGGAGACUGAGGCGAAGAAGGCGCUGCGAAGAACAACUGCACCUAGACGAGCCAGCAUCUAG